AUGGGAGGAGUCUCAUGUCGAAGCAGUCACCUCCAAUGUAGGCUGCGUCGCCCUGCGCUACCUUUCCCCGGAAGGCCUCCCUCCUCCGACUAUACAAGCAUCACCCUUCAACUGGGAAGGAGCCUCGAGAGAUGCGCCUCCAUCGUGCACAGAAAUCAGAACGGGACACCUAACCUUGAGCAAGCUAUCGAAGAGUACAACGUGAUUAACGACGCCAUUGCCGGAGACUGUCUUGCGUACGCGGCGAUCCAGAACAAGUAUGAAACUCUGGGAUACCCUCAAGUCGGUGUGGCGAUGGAUGGACUUCUGGACCUCCUCAUUGAUAGUGCGGAUAUGCGGGUGCGUAUUCUCGCUCUCGAGGCCCUCAACCUUUACCGAUGA